AUGACCACGCAGGCGAUUAAAAUGCCUGACUUUGGCUUUGACCGCCUGAACACAAAAUUGGAAGAAUCGCUCAUCACGCCAGUCACACAUGUCACGAUUGCAGAGUCGUCCCGAUCCACUCCAAUUCAAACCCUCUCGCCACAACAACUAGAGCGCACACUGUUUAACGCUGCUACAAAUCGUAAUUUAUGUCAAUUUUAUAGCACAAUACAGCCCCUGCUCCUGGCGGGUAACAUAUCCCUGUGCGACGAUAUUAAGGCGUUACACUGGGCCAGUUUUUGUGGCAACGCUGAAAUAGUAAAGAAACUAUUGGAUAUUGGCUGUGAUGUUAAUAAGGUUGAUAGCAUUAAUGGGGAAACGCCUAUUUUUUUCGCCAUAAAAGGCGGAUCUUUUGCCACAAUCCAUUACCUAAUCAACAGAUUCGGCACACCCAUCAUAGUACACAAAAACAAGAGGGGGAUGACCCCCUUUUUGGUGGCUGCAGCCGAGGCUAACCAGGAUGACAUAUCGACUGCUCUAAGGAUACUUGAGCUAUUUUAUCUAUACGGUGUAUCACUGGAGGAACAGGAUGAGAAUGGCAUGACAUGUCUUCUUCAUGCCGCAAGAAGAGGAAGUUUGCAUGUUGUGCAGUGGCUGUUGGCACGGGGGGCCUCCCUGGCCCAUAGGGACUUUCUUGGCAAUGCCGCAAUUCAUUACGCGUGUUUUUCCGGUAAUUUGGAAACCGUGCGUUUUAUAUGUCAAAAGGGGGCACCCAGUUUCAUGGAUUCCAAGUCUAUCGCAAAGACCUCUGAAGAGCAAACUGUUUGGGGUAUAUGCAAGCUCAAACGUAACCUGCUACUAUACCUAUUAAUGAAAAUAUGGAAGUUACAGGGAGUGAUAACGGGACAUAUAUCGUCGCUGAGGUCGCCAUAUCCCUUUUAUUAUUGGGGAAUAACAAUCAUUAACAUGCUACUUUUCAUGAACAUGUAUCAUACACUCGAGAUCAAUUCCGAUUGUAAUAUAUGGUUUUUAUUAUGGGUGUGUUGCCAAAUAUUUUGGGCCUCAACAUUCUUUUCUGACCCUGGUUUUGCAAAGGCCCAAGUUGUACCCACACAAAAGCAAAUAACCUCCAGUUUCUACGAGUCUGAUUGUUAUCAGCCUUCUGUUCACAUGUUUCAUCCGCAAUCUUACAGUGCGCACCUGGAGAAACUCGAAAGGAGACAAAAGUUUAUCAAUUUGGAAAUUUACAAGGUGAAGAUGGACGGAGGAACGAAUGGGUACCACCAGUACCAUGAUUCAUCUGGAGUAUGCCUCGAGGAGGGUAAAAUGUUGUGCAUAGAAAUGCACAGCAUUUACGAUAAAGUAGCACUGGAGCGCCGUGCGAAUUCGCACCCUAAAUAUGUAGAGGCAGUGAUGGAUAUAAAUGGGGACUAUAAAUCCGUAUGUGUAACUUGUAGCAUGAUAAAACCGCGCCGAUCUCAUCAUUGCGGCGAAUGUGGCCAUUGCAUAAUUCGACAGGAUCACCAUUGCGCUUGGGUGGAUAAUUGCAUUGCCAGGGAUAAUCAAAGGUCAUUUUUCCUAUUUGUGUUUACUCUGACGCUAUUGUUUCUGCAGAAUUACAAGGUUAUAUAUUUGUACAUGGUCUCUAGAUGCUAUCUCCUCGAGGGACAGAUGAUUUGGGCUUUUUUCACGUGUAUAUUUGGCGCUUGUUUCAACACAUUUUGGCUGCUAUUCGUACUCUACCUGACCAUACGUACGGCCAGAUCUUCACUAACCAAUGUGACAUUUUAUGAGAUGCUUAAAAAGCCAGAGUACAUCCGCGACAAAUAUGGCGAGUGUAACACUGUGUGCUGGGAUUUUAAGGGGCUCAACCCGAUCAAGGCUUUCCAGAAUUUGGUUUCAUUUUGCUCGAGGGACGAUUCGUUCUAA